AUGUACUCGCUUGGUUUCGAUCCAGAUCCUUCCUUCCGCGGCGAGGGGAGCAGCACGGGCCUCCUCCGUCCAGACGACAACGAGCCUCCUCUCGCACCCGUCUGCAAGAUGUCGAGCUCACCAGCCCCUCCUUCACCUGAACACGUCGUGCCACCGAUUCGCCUGCGCCUGGUCUUUCGCUCAACGGACCCAUCCAAGGAGGUCAUCACUGCCACAAUCUCUACUCCCCGGUUGUCACCCACGCGACCAGAUCCCACUUGCUCAGAUCGUCCCCCAAAGCGUAUGCGACACGUCCCUGAACAACCAAGACGUCCACUGCAAGGAGGCGGCAAACCAAGACGCGGUCGCGGACGUGGCGGUGCGACCGCAUCCGAGUCGACAGGAGGCGGCGCAGCUGCUCGCGUGCCACGUUCUGGACGCCGUGCUACCAGGUCCCGCAGAACUAGCGCCACACCAACCACCCUCGAAUCCAUUGCAGCCGAAUCAAAGGCGUUGCGCGCAGAAGUCAAGCGCCUCCAUCUCCAGCUGCGCGACGUUAUCGCCGAUGGUAACUGUCUCUUUCGCGCGCUUGGGGACCAGGUCUGGGGCGAGCAGGGCCGACAUGCCGAGGUGCGCCAGAUGAUCUGCGACGAGCUCGCACGCAACGAGGGCGAGUUGAGAGAUUUUGUCGCAGGUUUCUUAAUCGAGGGCGAGGAAUACUCGGCGUACGUCGACCGCAUGCGGGGUCUCGGCGUGUAUGGUUCGCACAUCGAGCUCGUCGCUGCCACCAAGGUGUUCAAGCGCAGCAUCCGCGUUGUCCUAGCUGAGACGUCAUAUACCGUCGAGUACAAGGGCGAGAUCGAACUCUGUGAAGAAGAACCUGAGGAGGCAGAGAUGACCGAGCCAGAGGUGCCGGGUCCCAAGCCACGCCGGCAGACGCGGUCCACCGCUACAGGUCCCAAGCCCAUCCCCCGUCCGCGUGCUGGACACACCAUGCUGUGGCUGGGGCUUUUUUCUGGCGCCGAGCAUUAUGAGAGUGUGCGUAGGCAGGGUCCAGGCGCAAGCUCAGGGCCUGCCGAUGUGCCGGAUUCGCUUGUGAUCCCACACGAGCGCGACCAGAGCGAAGCUGCACAGGCCGAGCGCGCCGAGAGCGGCACGGAGCACAAGCGCUCGACGCCCAGUGCCUCUGAUGCCGCCGCUGCGCGGUUCAUCGCCGACGGACGCGUUGCGCAGGUCGUGGCCUCGCUCCCGCCGUGGAACAGCGUCAGCGACGCCUACGUUGCGCAGGUCCUGGUCCGCACAGAAGGCGACAUCAGCAAGGCGAUCGACAUUAUCUUCGAUCAGCUCGACUCUGAUGGCGAGGGAGUCGAGGACGCGCGUGGCGACACGCAGAGCGACACGAGCACAACCAGCACGAGCGGUGCCAGUGCCAUGCUCGGGUAUCGCGACACCUCUGGGUCGCCGCUCACACCGGAAGGCCCGUCGUCACAGGAGUCCACAACCACUGAUGCGCUGCCGCAGACGCCUAACUCGGCAGUGUCCACCGCCCCCACCUCCCCCCUAUCCAACGCUUCUGAUUACGAUGACAAGGACGACAGGGACGACAAGGACUACUCGUCCACUCGCGACCGCGAGCAUGAUAGUGACCGCGUGCUGCGUUCCGCGGCGCGACCUAAACGCGGCCGGCCCCGCCGCGGCGCAGGCAAGAUGUAG